UUUAUUUAUUUUGUUUAUGCUCAUGUCAAAUACUUAUAAAAUAUGUGAGAUAAAAAAAGAUGAUUAAAUACUUUAAUGAACCGAAGCUUAAUGCCAGAUUCUUUGAUUAGUUAACAAUGAAAAGAAACCAGUCACUCUGUUGAUGCUGGAUCCUGAGGUGUUACUGCCAGAAAAGUUGUGGCCACAACAAAAAUCUGGGAGAAAUUGCUUUUGUCAACCAAGCUGAGAUGUGAGUCAAGUACCUGAACUGAAGUGAUUAAAUUUUACAGUAACUAUCAGUGACUGUCAUCUUAAAGCCAUAAGUAGAGCACCCAGCAUAAAUAAAAAUCACAAUCAGAAGUUACUUAGAUUCUUAAGGCUAAAUGAAGAAAUUGGAUAAAGUUGGGAGGGGGCGAUGGGUUUAUACCAAUUUUAUGAUUUUCUGCUAAUUUUGUAUAGACAUUCCUAUCUAUAAACACAUCCGAGAUUUGAAGUGUUGCCGAUCAAGAGAAAGUUCAACAAAUGAUUUGAGAGAAGGAUAUUGCCUUCAGUUGGAGAAGAAAUCCGCCUACAAGGACUUCCUGAAUGAAGUACUUAGGCUAGGUGUAAAUUCACUAAGUUUUGCUUGUGAUCUGUAUCAUCUCAAGAACUAAGAAGGUUCUGCUUCACCAGGGUAAGAGAAGAGGAAUCCUAAAGGAGGAUAUGAACCUCCCAUGGAAGAAGUUUUGGGAUUUAUGGGAUCUCCGAGCCUUCAUUAUAUUAAGCCUUUCAUUGCAAACCUUCUUAAUUUUGAUUUCCCCCUUGAGAAAGAGAACGGCAAACAAUUGGAUAAUCAUGCCCCUCUGGUUGGCAUACUUGCUUGCAGACUGGGCUGCAAAUUUUGCUGUUGGACUCAUUUCCAACAGCCAAGGCAACAAUUCUGGUCCUAUGAAAAAUGGAGACCUUCUGGCAUUUUGGGCUCCAUUUUUCCUGGUACACCUUGGUGGCCCGGAUACCAUAACUGCUUUUGCUCUUGAGGAUAAUGAGCUGUGGCUCAGGCACUUGCUUGGCCUUAUAUUCCAGUGUGUGGCUGCUGUUUAUGUCUUCUUUCAAUCGCUACCCAGAAACAACCUAUGGAUCCCAACAAUGCUCAUGUUUAUGGCAGGAAUUAUCAAGUACUCUGAGCGUACACGUUCUCUGUAUCUCGCAAGCUUGGGUAGUUUUCGGGACUCCAUGCUUACUGAGCCUGAUCCUGGGCCUGACUAUGCAAAGCUCAUGGAUGAAUACUUUUCAAAGAAAGAAUCAAAACUUCCAACACGGAUUGUGAUGAUUGCAGAACCUGAUAGAGGAAUCAAAGCUGCCACUGCAGCCAAAGUAGCUGAUUUGACCGACCUAGAAGUGGUGCAACAUGCGUAUCGCUUUUUUAAUACUUUCAAGGGGCUUAUUGUUGAUCUCAUAUUCAGCUUUCGUGAGCGCAACCAAAGCCGAGACUUCUUCCUGAAAAGAACAGCAAAAGAUGCUUUUAAAGUGAUAGAGGUCGAACUGAAUUUCAUCUAUGAAGUUCUAUACACCAAGAUCAGUGUGGUGCAUUGCAAAUUAGGAUAUAUUUGCAGGUUUAUUUCCUUCAGUUCAGUUGUUGUAGCCCUUGUACUCUUCCAUUCUGAUAACAAGGAGGGAUUCCAUGCGUUUGAUGUUAAAAUUACCUACGCGUUGCUCGGUGGUGCCAUGGCCCUGGAUACAAUUGCCCUAUUCAUGCUCAUUUUCUCUGAUUGGACCAUUAUUGCCCUCGCUAAGUCACCCGAGGAUUACUCCGAGGAUAAAUCCUUUACUGCUAAAAUCCUUAGAUUCUUGAUAACAGUGAAGAGGGGAAGGUGGUUUAAAGACCCCUCAAGGCCUAUGAAAGUCUUGCGCCGCAGGUGGUGUGAAUCUGUCUCGAAAUACAAUUUAAUAUAUUAUUGCCUGCAUCAACGUUCAAAAAUGAAAGAAAAACUCAUUGGUUAUUUGGGCCUUACUAACUUUUUAGAUGGGCUGAGGUAUGUGCAGAGGGAACCAUUCACUGAAGGUUUAAGAGACUUCAUCUUCAAGGAGCUGAAAAUGAAAUCUGAGAUGGCAGAUGAUUUAGAAACUGCCAAGGAGAUAUCUUCAGCCAGAGGUGAUUGGAUUCUUCGGAUUAAAGAUCGCGGCAACUUACUUCCUUAUAUUGUUGACGUGGAUUAUGAUGAAAGCCUUCUAUUAUGGCACAUUGCAACUGAACUCUGCUACAAUGACGAUUUUACUGAUGAAGGAAAUGCUGAUAAAAAUACUGGUGCAGACGAGAGUUCACCACAGUGUUGUUGCUUGUAUUUACCCAAAAAAAUAACUGGUGCAGGAAAUGCUGGUCAAGGCAAAGCUGGUGACAAUACUGGUGAAGGCAAUGAUUCUAACAAGUAUCGUGAAUUUUCGAAGCUCCUGUCAGAUUACAUGUUAUAUCUUCUAGUUAUGCAGCCAACAAUGAUGUCUGCAGUGGCCGGUAUUGGGCAAAUAAGAUUCAGAGAUACCUGCGCAGAAACCAAGAAAUUCUUUAAGAGAAAGAGAUCAGAACAGGGACAGGAACAGACUCGAAUCUUUCCAAAUAUCUUUUCUGUUAAGAAAUUCUUCUGCAGAGAUAAAUCAAAAGAGGAUAAGGAACAGAGAAGCGCCUGCAAGAGUAUACUGGAUGUUAACACAGAAGUUAAACCAGUUACUGUGAAAGGAGAUAGAAGCAAAUCUGUGUUGUUUGAUGCAUGCAUGCUGGCUAAAGAGCUGAAGAAGUUGGAUGAGAAAGAGAGAGAUAAAUGGGAAACAAUCAGCAGGGUGUGGGUAGAAUUGUUGUCUUACGCUGCGAGUCAUUGCAGAGCAAAUACUCAUGCUCAGCUUCUGAGUAGAGGUGGAGAGCUCAUCACUUUGAUUUGGUUGUUAAUGGCUCAUCUUGGCUUGGGGGAUCAAUUUCAAAUAAGUGAAGGCCAUGCAAGAGCAAAACUUAUUGUGAGGAAAUAGAUAAAUCAGUAUGUUGUAUCAAUCUAUUGAUGACUGUCUUCGAUCGCAUUAAUCAAAUCCUAAUUGUCAGUGACAAUGGGAGAUGAUUUUUGGUAUUUUCUGUGAAACACUUAUUUUGAUGUUACUAAUUUUGUUGGUUCAGUUUUCAAGACAA